UCUGAUUAUUUCAAAGAAAAUGUGUUUUCUGCUUUACUGAUGUGGAGCUUUUCUGAAAUACAAGUCAGUGACUUUCAAAACCUGCUUUGUCUAGUUGGAGGUAAAUACAAAACAACCCAGCCUGAACUCUAGUUCAGGACUCAGUGAAGUUGAGUUUUGAUGGCACUGAGGGCUUCAGGCAGCUCUGAGGGGAGUUACUGUGAGCCCAGGCUGAUGAGGUGGGCGAGGGCUGGACUCACGAGUAUUUCUGUGACUUCUCUCCAGAGACUGCUGGGGCCCUGAAGAGGAAGAGUAACAAAAGCUAAUCGGAGUUCUGACAGAAAUGGUUUCCCCUUGGAAUUUCCUCCUGAAUUUACCUGGCAUUGAUAGAUCUGCGGAUGACAUCCACAUUUAAACAACUGUGCAAAGUCAGAGAUAACCUUAGUUUUUUUUCACUUUAUAUAUAUAUACACAUGCAUAUAUUCUAUGGUGCUAAAUGCAUAACCUGACUUUGAACAUGCAUCAUUUAAGAUACGUGUGGUGUUCAACAUACAGAGUCAUACAGGAGUCACUUCAGAUUCCAAGAGUGGGAUAGUUGUUAUUCAUGACAGCAUGUACAGCAAGGAUCAAAGGUACAGGAGCAAAAUGAUUGUUUUGCAAUCAGUAGGUUAUAUUUCGUAACUGCCGUGGAAACACUGAUGGAUGUACCAAUGCGUUUUCAUCAACUUGUGUUAAUCAACAUUCUGUCUACGGCUUGUCACAGCUUGCCUGAAAGAUUUCUGGGAGAGCUACCUCAAAAGCUACAAAUGGAAUCUUACAAUUUUCAGCACAUUUUGUCCUGGCAGGCAAAAAGUGAUCCAGCUAUGCCAACAUACUAUCGUGUGCUGUACACUGACCGCAGGAACUGGAAGACUGCUAAACAAUGUUCAAAUAUUACACAACUCUCCUGUAAUCUGACAGAUGAUUUUAAACAGGUGAACACUCAGUAUUCUGCAUUGGUUCAGAGCUUUGUAGGAAAUCAAGAAUUCAAUUCUUCUGCACUUCAUUUUGUGCCAAUUACUGACACAUUCCUGGGACCACCAGAAGUUAAUAUCAGUUCCUGUAUAAACUGCAUAAAUGUCACCAUAAAGCUGCCAACCUCUUACUUCAGAGAAAAUGAAAAGCUACUGUCUUUAGUUGAUAUAUAUCAAGAGCUUGAUUAUGAUAUAACGCUGAAAACACAUGAUGGAGAGCAUAAGAGGCCCCAUGAGAAAACCACUGAAGAAGUUUUCAAUACUGUCAUUGAAGAAUUGUAUCCAAAUAGAAAUUACUGUGUGUCUGUUAUGGUCACAGCAUCUCUAAACAAACAUUCCAUCCCAUCGGCCUGGAAAUGCGUAGCUGCAGACUCUGUAGCUCAACAAGAUUAUCAUGCAGUUGUCAUCACGUGUGCUGUAUGUUUUUCACUGAUGUUAGGUGGUGCCUUGAAAUGCAUGCAUGCAGGAGGCUAUAUUCUUCAAAAUAAAUCACUUCCACGUACUUUGGUAUUCAUCAGGAGGUUAGCCUAUCCACCUUGGACAUUUGAAUCUGAAAAAAUAGCCUCUAUAGAGAUCAUUUACAAAGAGGUUAAAAAAAGGGCAAAUAAUUCCAGUGGUGGCGUCAGUGAUGAAGAUGAGAGUGAUGACAAUGAUGUCAUAAGUAAUCAUGACUAUACAAGGCGUGAUAUCUUAAAUAGAGUACCUCAUUCCUCUAAUGUACCAGAUGCAUCCAUGCAGUACUCUACAAGUAGCAUGUGUGAUGACAGCAGCAGCCAGGCAAGUGAAAAUCCGGACACUGACCCAGAAGAUGUUGAAGAGCAGGAGUCAGACAUUGAAGAAGACAAAGACACAAGUUGUGAGUUACUUAAUCCUUUCUCUGAGGCAAAGUGUAACUAUUCUUCAAGGCCAGAGGACAGUGCUUGUUUUACCAUUAACUUAAAAACCGUGCUGUUGGGAACCUCUGAAGAGAAUGUGGAUAGUUCUGCAGCUCUUCUUUCUUCCCAAGAAGAUGCAGCUGAUUGGCAAUGUACUCAUGCUGUCGAAGCAAAACUCCUGGAUGACACAGAAAGUGUGCAGAAACCCUACUGUCAUAACAACUCUCACGAGUGGCAAACCUCUUCUGCUGAUGAUGAAAGUGACUCAUCAGAUCCAGAUAUGUACCAAAAAAAUGAAUACAUAAGAAGAUGAACAAAUAAAAACCACUAUUGUUUUAUGACAUACAAA